AUGGCCGUCCUCACCGCCGAGCAGCUCUCCGAGCCGCUCACCAGGCUUCGCAUCGGCUACGACCCCGCGCUCGUUCCCGCGGGCGGCGCCGAGGUCAUCGGGCAGUGCGCCUCGCCCCUCGCGGAUGCCAUGCCGUCAAACAUCGAGGCCGCGGGUCGCGGCUUUCACGAGAAGAUCCUCAUCAAGACGGGCGCGUUCGCGUCGCGCGAAGAGCUUCACCGCUCGCAGUCCGCCGCCAGGCUCUCGCGAAAAGCCUCGGUGGCGUCGUUCCAGAGCGACGCCGACGCGCAGGAGAACGACCCGAACUACAAAGGCCCCAAGCCCGACAUCAAGAUCGGCACCAUGGUCUGGGAGGACCACUACGACAUCAUGGGCCUCGGGCGCGAGCGUCACCUCGCCGACGCCGAGGCGAUCCGAGUGGCGUACAGAACCAGAUCGCUCAUGCUCCAUCCCGAUAAACUCAUCACGCCGGACACCACCGAGGAGGAGAAGGAGCGCUUGGACGACAGGUUCAAGGCGCUCAACACCGCGAACGAGCUCCUCAACGACGCGAAGAAGCGCCGCGUGUACGACUCCGUGGACGCUCCCCCGACGAAGCUGCCGAUGAAGUUUGAGACGGAGGAUUUCUUUGACAAGGCGAUUCCCGCGUUUCACUCGCUGUGCCGCUGGUUCGACGGCAAGGGCGACGCCGCCAAGUUCAUCGAGUCCGAUCCCGACGCGCCGUACGAGAAGGUUCGCAAGAUGUACGAGUUUUGGGCCAAGUUUAAGUCGUGGCGCGAGUUUCCCCACGAGGAUGAGGAGGAUCUCGAAUCUGCCGAGGACCGCUGGGGCCGCCGGCAGAUCGAGCAGGAGAACAAGAAGAAGCGCGAGAAGUCCAAGAAGGAGGACACGGACAAGAUCAAGCGGUUCGUGGAGCGCGCCGAGGAGAAGGACCCGCGCGUCAUCAAGAAGAGGAUGGAGGACAAGGAGGCUAGGGAGGCUAAGAAGAAGGCGAAGGGCGCGGGUAAGCGCGAGGCGGAGGAAGCCGCGAAGAAGGCUGCCGAGGAGGAGGCUGCCAAGGCUGCCGCCGCCGCCGAGGAGGCCAAGGCCGCCAAGGCCAACGCCAAGAAGGAGCUGGAUAAGCAGAAGAAGGCGUUGCGCAAGGAGAAGGCGCGGCUUCGCGAGCAGAGCGCUCGCGCCGACGGGUGGGUCGGCCACCCCGGCGAGGAUGACGUCGAGGAGUUGGCAAACUCCUUCGACGUCCAACGAUGCGACGAGAUCAAGGCGCUUAACGACGAACUCGAAGCCAACGAGAACGAGGACGCCAUCGUCGCCGUGCUCACCCGCGAACUCGCAAAGCUCGAAGGCGCGAAGAGCGAGGAGCGCAAGGCGGCGGCUGACGCCGCCGCUAAGCGAGCCGAGGCGGAAACCAAGGAGGAACAAAAGUCCGCUCCCUGGGACGACGAGGACGAGAUCAAGCUGCUCGAUAAGGCGUGCAACCAGAAGUUCCCCAUGGGCACGAAGGACCGGUGGGAGCGCGUCGCCGAGUACGUGUGCGAACACGGCGCGAGGCCGCGAACCGCGAAGGAGGCCGGCGUCAAGCCCACCGGCGACGAUUACGUCAAGUUCCAGGCGGCCCGCGACAAGAAGGGCAGCGCCGAGGUCAAGGACGCCGCCACCGAACGCAAGGAUUCCUUCACCGACGUCGACGUGAAGAUGAACGAUCCAAACGCGUGGUCCCAAGACCAGACCAAAGCCCUGGCGGCUGCGAUCGAGGCGGUGCCCAAGACGGCGGCGGCGAAGGACGCGGAUCGGUGGAAGAUGAUCGCGACCGCGGUGCCCGGGAAGGACGCCAAGCAGUGCUUCACGCGGUACAAGGAGAUGAAGGAGGCUCACAAGGCGGCCAAGGCUUAA